AUGUUGUGCUCUCAGAUCCCUGUGAGGUGCUUUCAGAUCCUGAAGUUGUGCUUUCAGAUCCCUGUGAGGUGCUUUCAGACCCUGAUGUUGUGCUCUCAGAUCCCUGUGAGGUGCUUUCAGAGCCAGAUGCUGUGCUUUCAGACCCAGAUGUUGUGCUCUCAGAUCCCUGUGAGGUGCUUUCAGACCCUGAUGUUGUGCUUUCAGAUCCCUGUGAGGUACUUUCAGAGCCUGAUGUUGUGGUCUCAGAUCCCUGUGAGGUGCUUUCAGAGCCUGAUGUUGUGCUUUCAGAUCCCUGUGAGGUGCUUUCAGAGCCUGAUGUUGUGCUUUCAGAUCCUGAUGUUGUGCUCUCUGAUGCCUGUGAGGUGCUUUCAGAGCCUGAUGUUGUCCUGA